AUGUCCCCUGAAAACUCGCUGCUUCUCCCUGGCCUCUUAACCCCGGCCGACCCUUUUAAAACCUCCUCUGAGAGCUGCUCUAAUGCGAAAACUGAGGUAUGUGUGGACUCACUAAUUCCUGGUUUAGAAGCUCCACUAUCACAACAGCGACCAGGCGUGUGCUCCUCUGGCGUUCAAGACCCUCUCACUGGGGAUGCCUCUCUUCUGGGCCUCUUGUCUCACUCUCCUCCUCACCAAAACCAGUGUGUUUCCUCUCUUAAUAAUCACCUGGGCUCUAGAUCCGGCCCAGACGAGCAGCUGACCAACCAAGCGUCUGCUGACUCUUCUCUGCUCUUGUCGUGUGGGGGCAACAAUGAUGAGUUUGACCCUAUUCCUGUUCUCGUCUCCAAAAACACAAGUCAAGAUCUCCAAGCUGAAGGUAAUGGAUACUCUGUACUCGCUGAAGGGCAUGAGGUGGAAACUUCCGAGCUUCAAACUGAUGAUGGCUGUGUCCAUUCGAGUGAUGAGGAUCAACAGGAGCCCAAACAGGAGCAAAGUGGAGAGUCUGCCCACGACUGCAGUGGCUCUAGGCCUCUGUUGAUGGACUCUGAGGAGGAAGACGCUCCUCCUUACACUGCAGAGUCAUCACUGCCUCCUGUGGCUUUUUCUCCAGCAGACCUCAACCACAGUCAGCACACUUCUGCCCCUCCUGCGCCACCCGCCCCGGCAGAUGUUUUCACAAAUGCCCCGUUUCGGACUGCACUUGAAGAAGACACUAGUGAUGUCUUUGCCAAUGCUCCAUUUCCACGGCCUUAUUCUGCACAGCUGCCCAUUGAUGUCUUUGCUCAGGCUCCGUUUGGGAAAAGAAAAGAGUCUACAUCGGUGAGCAGUGUAAAUCAAUAUACACAAGCAGCCGCUGAACCCAAUGUCCUUGGAAACGUCACUCCACAGCCUUUCCGUCCACAAGCUUUGGCCAAAUACUCCCGUCACUUUGAGGAGGCAGUUCUACAACAGCCAGCUCCAAGUCCAGUGAGCAGACCGGCCCCCGUAGGCUUUGUCCCUGUAGCACCAUCACACUCAUGGACCUCAGAAAGCAGCUCCGGAGACCCUUUUGUCUCUGCACCCUUCCACGUCAAGGGGCCACAGGAAAAGCCUUGA